AUGGCUGGUGCUUUAGAUCGCCAAGUCGGUUCCUCGGAUUUUUCAGAUCCAUGGAGUUACCUUGAAUUAGAAAGGAAAGCAAAUCAACAAAGAGUGAGACCGAAUGAGCUUAACGUUUUACCUAUUAAUCUAUCAACCAACUCAACUGUCGUUAGUCCUGGCGUUGAAGAAGAUGCUGAUGUUUCGAAACAUGUUGGACCUAGUGUUAGCAUAGCAACAUUGAUUGCUGAACAUUUAUUAAGUCAUCCAUUUGUCGUACUGAGAAGACAAUGUCAAGUUCAUCAUAAUUCAAAAGCAAAUCAUACGUUAGCCAUCACAUUAGUACCUGUCAUUGUAAGGCUACAUAAAAAUCAAGGAUUUACAACGCUAUGGAAAGGUCUCGGAAGCUCAUUAUUAAUCAAAGGAAUGUCAUUAGCAAUCGAAGAUUUACUUUCAAAAGUAACUCCAUGGCCCAAGGAGAUAACAUGGCACAGUUCAUUAAAAACCUUAAGUCAACAUAUAUUAUUAAAAAGUGUGAGUUUAGCUUUUAUGACACCUUUUUAUUCAGCUAGUUUGGUCGAAACUGUUCAGAGUGAUAUAGCAAGUGAAAAACCUGGAGUUUUCGAUGUAUUCAAAGGUGGAAUGUUUAGACUUGUGAGAUGGGGAACACCACAAAAAGGUAGAAUGCUUCCUGUCUGGGCUUUGAUAUUUCCAACAGUUGUUUGUGGCCUUUUAAGGUACCUUUUAAAAGUGGUCGUGCAAAAUGUCGCAAGUCGAGCCAUUCAUUUAAGAAAUCGUUUCAAACAAGAGAAAAGGGGAGCCUUACACAAAGAUAUUAUCAGCAAAGCUUCCAAUGAAGAAAUUGAAAAUACUUCUUCAUUCAUUGGAAGUUUAUCUGCAGAUGUCAUAUGUUAUCCAUUAGAAACAAUACUGCAUAGGUUAUAUCUACAAGGAACUAGAACAAUAGUCGAUAAUUUAGAUUCUGGAAUGGGAGUGAUACCGAUUCUAACAAAUUACGAAGGAAUGGUUGAUUGUUAUGAGAGUACAAUAUCACAAGAAGGUGUUUUAGGAUUAUACAAAGGUUUUGGAGCCUUAGUUUUCCAGUAUGCAGUUCAAUGGGCGGUAAUUAAAUUAACAAAAUUUUUCGUUACCGAAAUAUCAAUUUUACUUAAAUCGAAUUCAAAAGUGAGGCGAGUACCACCCGAUCAAGAGCUGUUAAUGGAUGCUCAACCUUCUGUUAAAACUCCUCAAACGAAAAAUUUGUCUAGUUCUUUUUAUGCAGAAAACAAUCCACCAUAUUAUUCAUUUUCUUAUCCUUCUAUCACGCCUAUGUAA